UAAAGUCUGUUGUUGUAUGUACAUACAUCAUGUAUAUGUUUAACCUCGCGGCCUCGAAACUUUCGAAUCUCGAAUGUCUCUUCUUUAAUUUAUAAUAAAUAAAAUACGGAGUUAAAGUGCAGCUUAAAGUGCACUUAGUGCAUAUAGUGCACCUGAGUUCGGCCGUGACUCCUGUCGACCGGUAAAUCGUUUGUUUGUUGUUUAUAACGCGGCCUGAUUCCCACGUGAAUAGUAUAAAUAAUAUGCCUCUUUAAAAUAAAACCUGUGGCGAUAAACGCGUAAGGAGGCGCAAUGACGACCGUCGAGGUAAUAGCGGGAAGAUGCCUUUCCAUGUGUCCGGAAAAAGAGCGACGGAUGAGAGAGAGGGAAGGCUUGUUGCACAAAUAUGAAAUUGACGAGGGUACGAAACACAUGAGAAGACCCAAAGCUGAUCCGGCAAGAACUGUAAAAUGCUUCAGUCGCUCUGCCGCUGGACAAGUCAUGACCGAUCCGAAUUCGUUGCGCCCGCCGCAUGUAUUAUUAUCCACUGUCCGAUACUUGUUCACCAAGAUAAUCACGCGAACGGAUUUAGAUUGGGCGUCGAUAUACGACUUUGUAUUCGACCGAUUGAGAUCAAUACGGCAGGAUGCUGUAAUACAAAGAGUCGAUAUCACCACGAGUAUUCUUCUUCUGGAACCAAUUGUUCGAUUUCACGUAUACGCCGCACAGAGGCUGUGUGAAAGAGACAUUUCGGAAUUCGACGCAAAGAUAAAUAGCAAACAUUUGUUAGAAUGCAUCAAGCAGCUGCUUGUAUUGUACGAUCAACGAAGUCGUGGAGAUGCAACAGAUAGUACAGAAGUAUACAAAGAUCUCGAAAAACUGACAUUAAACGAUAGCCGGUCAGAGAUGGAAGCUAUAUAUAUUCUUCUCCAUAUUGGAGAUCGCGAGGCUUUAGAAAGGGCUCUUACGCUUUCGUCAGAUUUGAAAAAAUCAUCAGCAAUUCGAUUAGCUACAAGGAUAUCGCUUGCUUGGUAUUUAAGAAACUACGUUUGUGUUCGUCGUCUGGUUAAGCAGUUACCUCCGAUACUAGCUUGCGCAUUUUUUUGUAAUUUGCAAAGCUUCAAAAGAAAUGUUCUGCAAAUUAUGAGUUGUGGCUAUAAUAGCAAAGUAUUGACGUUCCCGGGACUGAAAUUGCAAGAACUUUUAUUCUACAAAGAUAUAAGUAAAAUCCAGGCGGAUUGCAAGUUAUUUGGUUUGACGUUCACUAAUGAAAAUGUUUUAUUUCAAAAAUCACAGUUCAAUGAACAAGUCUUGCUGGUUAGUACAAAAAUUCAGAUGUCAAUUAUUCUAGACUAAAGUGCGAAUACUUUUAUUUUAUCGUUCGUUUUUAUUAUUUUAUUGUAGGCCAGUCCUGAGAUGUAUUACGCUUCUGCCACGUUACAUAAAUUUAUGCCAAAAAUUCUUUUGGAAUGUACCUCUUACGAUGAAUGUUGAAUUA